AUGUCAUUUCUAAGACUAGACUGGUUGGGGACGCAGGCAGAGCUGCUGUGGACCUCCAGGUUCCUCCAUGGGGAUGAGGAGAGCGUAGGGUUCGCCCAGAGGGAUGAGUUGAGCAGGACCUAUGGAGAGGACCAAGAGGAGACCAGGGAGUCACCCACCACCUCCAGCCCAGAGGGGGGAAAUGAGACACCUACCAGUCCCUCCAGCAGGACCUGUCUUAAAAUCACCACCUGGGAGGCAGGAUGGAACGUGACCAAUGCUAUUCAGGGUAUCUUUGUUCUGGGGUUGCCUUACGCUCUCCUUCAGAGUGGCUACCUAGGAUUGCUACUGCUCAUUCUGGCUGCUGCCAUCUGCAACUACACAGGUAAGAUCCUUGUAUCCUGCCUGUACGAGGACAACGAGGAAGGCCAGCCCAUACGAGUGCGGGACACCUACGAGGACAUCGCCAAUGCCUGCUGUAAGCGCCUGUGCCCCCUCCUGGGCGGGCGGGUGGUGAACGCAGCACAGGUGAUAGAGCUGAUGAUGACCUGUAUCCUCUACCUGGUGGUCAGCACCAACCUAAUGUGUCACAGCUUCUCCUUCCUCCCGCUCCCCCCCGCCGCCUGGUCCGUGAUGACCUUCCUGAUCCUAGUGCCCUGCAUGCUGAUCCGGGACCUGAGGGUGGUCUCCAGACUCAGCCUGCUCUGCUCCCUGGCCCAGUUCCUCAUCACCUUCAUCGUGGUGGCCUACUGCCUGCACCAAGCCCAUCGCUGGUCCUGGAGGAGGAUGGUCCUCUUGGUGGACUUUGAGAGGUUCCUGGUGUCCGUGGGGGUCAUCAUCUUCAGCUACACCUCCCAGAUCUUCCUGCCCACCCUGGAGGGAAGCAUGGAGGACAAGGGGGACUUCUCCGACAUGAUGAGCUGGACACACUCCCUGGCUUGUGUGUUGAAAACCACCUUCUCUGUGCUGGCCUUCCUCACCUGGGGCGAGGAUACUAAAGAGGUGAUCACUGAUAACCUUCCCAUUGGCCUACGCAUGGUGGUCAACCUGUGUCUCCUGGCUAAGGCCCUCCUCUCCUACCCCCUGCCCUUCUAUGCUGUGGCUGAGGUCCUCCAGAGCAGUGUUCUAAGGCUGGAGGGGGCGCAGGUGGGUGUGGACAUGGGGACUCUGGUUCUGCGGGGCUGUCUCCUGUUGAUGACCUUCCUCAUGGCACUCUACAUGCCCCACUUCUCCCUGCUCAUGGGGCUGACGGGCAGCGUGACGGGGGCGGCCAUGACCUUCAUCCUGCCCUCCCUCUUCCACCUGCAGCUCAAGUGGACCACCAUGAGCAGCAGGCUCAAGGCCCUGGACCUUCUAAUCUUAACUCUGGGAUCUCUGUGUAGUUUAUCGGGGUUGGUUUGCUCCAUCAAGGGAAUGAUUCAGGCUUUUGGGCGUUGAUAAGCUCAAGCUCUGCAUGAAGACUUCAAGACUUAGUGAUGGUCCUCUAUUUAAGUUCCCUAUAUCAAUGUUCUGGAACCUGUAAGUUGCCUACAGCUAAAGCAUAGAUAUAACAUGUUGUAUGAUAGUAUGAUCAACCAAGCUAUUGUUUGUGUGUUUGAUUUUAAUUGAGUUGAUUUGAGUGAUUAACACAAAGGCAGCUUGUAAAAUAAAGACGUGUUUGGAAAUUGUGGUAAACAAUAUAGUGUGACCAGAUGUUUGCUUUGCUACUUAUCAUGGCAAAGUCACUAUGAUUCCUUACUGGUUUUGUUGUCUAUAGCAUGAACUGGAAUCUGUUGUUAAUUACUAUUAGACUUGAAAAUGAAAAGUAUGGCAAUAAAUAUACCUAUGUAGGAAAAUAUAGCUUUACAACAGUAUCUCAGCAUGGGAAACAUUCUUGU